ACGGGAUGCCAAUUUAACCAGCAAAUUCAGUCCCUGACAGAAUUCGAAAUAUUUAUCAACAUAACUUGAACGUUUUGAAUUAGAAGUUUCGAUUAGUUUGAAUAUGGCUCAGUGAUAAUAUGAAGAUCGAUAUGAACGUAACAAAAUAAAUUAGCUAAAGAAACUAGAAGUGAACAAUGAAGAACUUGUUAUUAUUAGGGUCCAUUUGUUUAUCACUGUCACUUGUUGCUGCCAAUGAGACUCAAAAGAGAAAAUUACAAAUUGGAAUUAAAAAGCGUGUAGAAAAAUGUAACGUUCGAUCAAAAAAAGGCGACACGUUGUAUGUACAUUAUGUGGGCACUUUGGAAGAUGGUACGGAGAUUGAUAGCAGUUCCAUUCAUGGCGAGCCCUUGCCGGUGACCUUAGGCUACCGCCAAGUUAUCAAAGGCUGGGAGCAAGGUCUUAUGGGAAUGUGUGAAGGGGAAAAAAGAAAAUUGGUAAUACCAUCAGAUCUAGCAUAUGGAUCACCUGGGGCAUUACCAAAGGUACCUCCUGAUGCUACUGUCAUAUUCAUGGUGGAAUUAGUGAAACUUGUACCAAAGGAAGAACUAGCAGAAGUUGAUGAUGUUGUAAUAAGAGAAGAACUCUAAAUGUUAAUGUGUUUAUAUCCUGACAUUUUUUUAACAUUGUCAACUCCAUUAAAGCACUGCAUGGUCAAUGUUUCAUAUAAUUGGACAAUCUCCACUAGAAAGAUUUAGUGAACAUGGAAGUACGAAUAGGAAGUAAUUCAAUCUGAUCGUGGGUUAUAAAAAAUGAAUUUAUAAGUCAAAAUAUGGUUAUUACACUGACAAAAAACUAAUUUAACUCAUAUAGGCGAUUAUGUGGAAAUAAUAAAUUCUCGGACAAUGUUGGUUUUAAAAAUAUGGUGUGAAUAUAUUCAAUCUUUCAUCGAUGUAUUGGAGUACAUAAAUCAGGACAGGGGAAGGGAAUUCAUUCUAACCCGAUAUACCAUGUUGGAACCGGAUUUUAUACACCAUCAACAACGGAAUUUUGAAGUCAAUCGGCUGUUGAUGUUUAUCACAGAAAGAAAAGAACGAGAAAAGUAUUUUGUGCAUUAUAACAAGCAACACUGAAGAAAUUACUGUGAAAUAAGAAAAUAUUAUCAAUGUGAAUCAUUGCUUUGACUUUCAUAAAAACAUAUACAUGAACCUGUCAUCCAUAUUUUGGCACAUACUAUGCACUUUCGUUAUUUACAGCUUCAGUGCUGAAGCCCAGUUCUGAAAAACGAGGUUCUAAUGUAUAUUUUAUAUUUAUACCAGCGUUAGUUGAAUGUAAAAUUUUAAAUUUAAAUUCUGUACAUGCAAAUGAAUCUGAUGAGUGGAUAAUUUGGAUUUAUGAGCCAGUUGAAAAUCAAAUAUGUUCUUCAUUAAUUAUACUACUGAACUGAAGCAGAACUUACUUUUUUUGAAAACCAAACGCGCUAAGCAGACAUUGCUGUCCUUGUAUUUGGGAUUUUUUCUUUACUGGUUGAAACUUCUUAUUUACACGUGCUCGAGAUACGUCAUUCUGAAAUUAUGAAAGAUUUGUAAAGCAGCAAAAUUCAUCGUUGAACCUAUAAAAACUUGAAUUACCUUUA